UCUCUUUCUAGACGCUACGGGCCGGUAUCCACACAUAUCUGUACAACUAUCCGUCAGAUCUUGCAUCAAAUCUUCAGCAAAAUGAGCGAAGGACGUGUUAUCAAUUUUGCUGCUGGCCCAGCCAAGCUUCCUGAAGCUGUGCUUCAAAGAGCUCAAAAAGAAAUGUUGAAUUAUCAGAAUACUGGUGUUAGUGUUAUGGGUAAGUCAUUGCGACAUUUCCCAAUCUUUGCAAUAAAUAUUCCAAUGAACUACAAGAUUCUAUUUCUGCAAGGUGGUGGCACGGGAUUGAUGGCCGCUGUAGCUCUGAAUCUUAUGAAUCGUAGUGAAUCCAAAUGUGCCGACUACGUUGUGACCGGAACAUGGUCAGCAAAGGCUGCAAAAGAAGCGGAAAAAUAUGGAUCAGUGAACCGGGUCCUUCCUAAAACCAGCAAAUACAGAAGUAAGUUGAAAUUAUAUGGAGUGAUUUUUGCCGGAGCACAAAAAAACAUUGGUUGUGCUGGAGUGACAUUGGCUAUUGUACGUGAUGACUUACUGGGACAUGCUAUGCCUUCAUGUCCUGCUAUAUUAGACUUUAAAGGACAGAGUGAUGCCAACUCAUUAUACAACACACCACCUGCAUAUAGCAUAUACAUCAUGGGAUUGGUGUUUGAGUGGCUCAAAGAACAAGGUGGUUCUGAUGUUAUGGAUGAAAGAAGUGCUAUCAAAGCUAAAUCUAUCUAUGAUGUCAUCGAUGAAUCUAAUGGAUUCUACUGCUGUCCAGUGGAUCCAAGUGCUCGCAGCAGAAUGAAUAUUGUGUUCAGAGUUGGUGGACCCGAUGGGACAGAAGAACUGGAAAAGAAAUUUGUUUCCGAAUCAACGAAACGUAAAAUGGUCUCAAUUAAAGGACAUAGAUCUGUUGGAGGUAUGCGUAUUUCUCUCUACAAUGCCAUCACAUUGGAAGAGACGUUCUCUAUGGCACAGUUCAUGACUGAAUUCCAGGCUAACCACCAGUAAAAACAAGCACCAUAACCUCGAUUACAGUUGCCACCGGUUACUAUCUCGGGUCUCGUGCAUAACUCAUCAACCACUCUGUGCCGCUGACAGCAGCUACGCGUUAUAAAGCAAAUAUUCUGGAUGUGGAUAUUGGUAGCAAUUGUUGAGCGAUAGUAAAAACUUGCCUUUCAAAAAGAUCAAAUGCAAUUGAUACCAAUUUUCACCUAUGGCAUUUCUAUUUAAAAUGCUAGAUAUUUUUAUUUCUAUAGAAGAGGGUUAUUAACACAAAGGGAGGGUUGACACGGCUAGUGAUUGGACAUUCAGUUUACAGCAGUAGACUGCAUACACCAUUUGUGUUAUUUAUCUCGUUAAAAUAUCUAUUUACAAAACAUUUACAGGGCUUGAACUUCAGGCUAGAAAGGGCACUCAAUUUUGAGACAAAAUAUGAUAAAAUUGCCUUGGCUGUGUAAGGAAAAGAUCUGUUUUUCAAAGGAUACUUAACUUAGUCAUUGCAAUUGCCUUUGAUGUCUGGAUUUCAAGUCCUGCCAUUAUUAGACUUUGCAGGAACACCGACUAUAAGAAUAUUCAUCAAUGUACAGAUAAUUGCUGAAGUUGAGGUCAAUAUUCAAUAUUAAUGACCUAUGUUACUCAUUUCAACCAAUCAGUGACUAUCUGGCAUGUUUAUCGACUUAUUUUUCUCUACUAUUUAAGGUCAGAUGUUUUUACCAUAUUGUGUAUUUUUAUGAUGACCAGGUUAUAUUUAUAUCGUCUGCUUGAUUCUUGUUGAAUGUGAGGCUAUUUGGUCACGUUGAGUAAGACUCCUAUUGUGUUGGGCAAGACAAAACUGAAAUAAUGAAAAAUAAGUUUUUAUUUUAAUUUCAAUCUAUGUAUUGAGCUGAAAUUACCUUUGUAGUUUUAAUUGAAUUCACAGAGGUAAAAUGUUAUACAUACUAAGGAAAUAUAGAGAAGAACCACCACCGCUAGACUGCUAUUAGUUUGAAUCACGUUUAUUGCUUCAGCAUGCUACAAAUUCAUCCCGCAUUUAAUUAUUUGAUAUCACAUUUUACAAAACUGGUGCCCACUCAUGCAUGUAUCUGGAUCUGAUAGCAGUGAAAUCAUGGCGUGAAGAUCAUAUUCAUUUUGGGGAAGGAGGCACUCAAGUAGUUAUUCAUUUAUUUUGAUGGCGUCAUGCUUAGAAACCUUUUAUGCAUUUUCCAUUCUUCUUUAAGGCUGUUAAUUUUAGUCAAUUGUUGAUUAUUAUUCUGCUGUGUAAAUAAAUAAUUGCUUUGGUGUUUCUGUAGUAAA